GCACUGAGCAUGGGCAGCUCUCUAAGCUCUCCCCAGAGAUCAACGCCUGCUCCUGCUCCCAGGCACCUAAAGUCUAAGCCUUGGCCUGCCUGGGUUCAGCAAGGCCCUGGCCCCAAGGCUCCUGCCCAGCAAAAUAUCCACACGCCCCACAGGGUGGUGGGGACCUGGAGGCGCUCCUCCAUCAGACCUCCCACAGAGGCCACUCUGGGCCUGGGUCUCUCCAGCGCCUGGGACACAUACAUGAAACGAGGGCUUUGGAGUGUACGGAACCCUAGAUGUACCUGCAGCCCGGUGACGGUAAAGAUUGUCCAUCGUGCGGGCAGAGACAGCCCCCUAACCACUCUCCAGCAGGGAGUAGCACGCCCUGUAGAGCAUUCUAUGGAGCUUCCAGACCCCUGUGCCAAGGAGACAGUGCUGAGGGCUCUCAGCAAGUGCAAGAAGGGGACUAGGCGAUUUGAUGGGCCGCUGUGGUUUGAAGCCCCAGAGGUGAAAAACAGAAGACAAAAACCAGAGCCUAAGCCCUCAUCAGCCUUUAAACCCUGGAUAAAAAAUGGAGUGGCUGUUUCCUUUGUUCCUAAGCCUGGGCCUCUGAACCAAAGCCUUGACCUUUAUAAGAAGGAAACUGACCUCCAGCCCUGUAUCCACGCAGCCAUGGGAGCCGUGCCAGAGCCUUGCUUGGAAAGCUGUGAGGAGACCCAGGCCGCCUGUGACCCCUGUCUACUCUCUGUGCAGAAGACUGGAGCCUUCAGAGUCUCCUUGGCUGGUGGAGAUUUCCGGUCUACUACCUCCUUUGACUUCUAA